ACUCUGCGGCUUCAACAGUGGGCGUGCCAGAAUUGUGCUUUCCUCUUUGUGAGGUAGCCAGACCGGUAGACAAGCAAGCAGUCUAGCAUGGCGGCAGUUCGCAGCUUACGAGUGGCAGUCAAGCCAGAAAGCGCCUCGGAAUCAGAUGCAGAAUCGGACUUGGAUCGAGAUGCCCGGGACCCAGAACCCAUGGAGGUAGAGGAGGGAGAGGGGCAACUGGAGACCAUUCCUGUUCAGUGUUCUCUCAAGGAACUGUUGCCGGAUACCAGUCGAAGGUAUGAAAAUAAGGCUGGCACUUUCAUCACCGGGAUAGAUGUCACUUCGAAGGAGGCAGUGGAGAAAAAGGAGAAGAGAGCAAGGCGCUUCCAUUUCCGUGCAGAUGAUAAUGUGUCUCAGAGAAAUGUUGUCCUGGACAAGGAGCUGUUGAAGAAAGUCAUUCCAAAGGUUCGUUUGGAGGGUUUGCAUCUGUGUGGGGUGGACAAUAUGAGCACCAAAGACAUAUUUGGAUUUUUUAAGGAGUAUCCCCCUGCCCAUAUUGAAUGGAUUGAUGAUGCGUCCUGCAACGUUGUGUGGCUCGAUGAUGUCACAUCCUCCCGCGUCCUCCUCAACAUGAGCCGCAUGCCUGACCCAGAAGAGACGGCGAACAGGAGCCCGACAAAACAAAGCAACCGACAAGAGCGUAAAGCUCGCCGUGGGCGUGAGUCAGAUGAUGAUGAUGAGGAUGAUGACGAUGUGGAGGAAGGUGAAGUGGUUGACGAGCAGGAAACUGUGAAAGGAGACAAGAGCAGCGAAGCCAGCGAAGGAAAGGCCAGUGACAGUGAGGAGGAGACUGAGAAAAAAACAGAGCCUGAGACAGAUGUGCUCUCUCAGGCAGAAAUUGAUUCAAUUUUGCGCAAUGACUUGCGUCCUACGACCAAAGGCUUUAAAGGAAAUGAGCUGUUUUUAAGGUUUGCUACUCAUGAGGACAAGAAAGAGCUUGGAGCUGCCAGGCGGAGCAGGUAUUACAUGAAGUAUGGCAACCCCAACUAUGGUGGCAUGAGAGGCAUUCUGAGUAAUUCUUGGAAGCGCAGAUACCACAACAAGAGAAUACAGAGAGAUGUUCUGAAGACCAAAAAGCCCCUUAUAGGGGACAGCUUGGGACAUACACCACCCUACACACACAGACACUCUGCUGACCUGGUGAAUUUACCAGAGGAACCCAUAGAAGAGGAAGAGGAGGAGGAAGAGGAAGGCGAGGUGGACAUGGACGCAGAUGAUCGCCUAGUGGAGUACCGCGUGGAGCGAGACCGGAACCUGCGCAUCACAGGGCUGGGGGGCUCACGCAGUCGCCCCAACGCCACCCCCUCGAACGCCUCGUCUGAUUCGGACGAGAUGGACUACGACCUGGAGCUGAAGAUGAUCUCCACGCCAUCACCGAAGAAGAGCAUGAAGAUGACCAUGUAUGCAGAUGAAGUGGAGGAAAACCUGAAGAUCAUACGACAAUCUAGUUCAGGCAGUGACGUACGGAACAGGGUUUCGAGUGAAGUAGGUAACAGGACCAAAUCUGCGGUGGAAAAGGUCACUGAUGUCCGUCAGCUUCUGGAGGAGAAGAGACAGCAGCAGAGACCUGCAGCCUCAAGUAGCAAGACGGACAUGAGACAGAGGCUGGGAAAGAGACGACAUUCCCCGGAUCCGCGGCGUUCUGUCUCUCCACCUCCGAGAAACCUGUCUCCUCGCCGUGAACAUCUGUCAGAUGUACACAGCCGACUGGGGGUGGCCAAACGCGAUGUCCGAAACCUGUAUCCUGAGCCAACCAAAGACAAGAAAAGUGGAGGCCUCUGGAGUCGACUGGGCCCAUCUCACAACAGCACCCAGAGAUCCACGGGUCAGUCGGGGAGAGCGACGUCCUCCAGCUCGCGAACCGCCCACCGGCAAGGCCGCCGGGAAUCGGACGACGAAGAGGAGGAGGAAGAGGAUGACUCUCAUCUGCAGAAGAUGUGGGGCGCCAUGAUCAAGGAGAAAGAGCAGCAGUCCAACCGAAUGAAGAAGAGCCGGCUGGACAACCUGCCCUCGCUGCAGAUCGAGAUCAGCCGAGACAGCAGCAACGGCUCGGACAGUGACUCGUGACUGUGUUCGUGUGCGUGACAUUUUACUCUCCAUCUCAGAAGAGGCUGGGAUUGUGCUCUGAAAAGGACAAUGUAAAUUAUCAGAAUGCCAUUUUAACUGCCUGUGCAGGUCGUGUUGCAUACCAUGGGACCUAGAGCUCUUAUUUUUUGUGUGUGAUAAAGAGUUAGUUGAGUCAUAAUUAGGGAUCAAAGUGUGGUGAACAGUCUGACAUUGGUUUAAAUGUCAUAAUGCUGUUGACCUGUUACCUACUAUGAGAUGUGUUUUGAAUAUUUUUUUUUUGUACGAGCCCUUUUUUUCCAACUCUCUUAUCAUGCUCUUAAAGAGCGCAUGACUCAUCGAGGCAUUUCAGCGGCACUGGUGCCAGACAGUGAAGAGUAUAAUAUUGUGAUAUUGUUUGUUUUUAUCUGGCUGUGUAGUCAGCCCAAUAUUUGUUUGCUUAGAUCAGAGUCUGAUAUUACAUCGAACCCUUGGUAUUGUUGCAUAUGGCUUCGAUUUCAAUGUAAAAAGAAAAAACAAAACAUACAAAAAUGAUAGUAAUAAUUUAUCCGAAUGUCUCUACCGCUCGGUCACCACUUUGUGGCAUCCUGAGCUUCCCCUUUUUGUAUUCUUGCAGGCAGUUACUGAUAUUACAGUCUAGGGUGGAACUUGCACUGGUUGCCUGAUUGAUUAAAAGAGAUGGCACGGUUUGUUGACCCCCACCUUAAAUAUCACAGUGUGUUUUCUUGAAUAAUUUUUGUAUUAUUCUGAAGUCCACUCCUGGCAAAACUUGUUUUGCUGCUGAUAAAGAAUUCAAAAAAGAA